AUGAAAAGCAACAACAUCGCGCAACCGAAUAUGUCCCAGUACUCGGUCACGAAGCCACCGGGAGAAUGCGUUAACGCACAACAGCACAAUCGAGAUGGAUUACAAGAUAGUUUAGCUCCACAAUAUCGAGAAGAGCAAGACGAUCGCUUCAGACGCUUCACUAACCGAGUAAAAGAGUAUGGCCCGGGACAUGGAAACGCCGGUAGGAUAGCAAUAAGCUAUGUACGAACUAGAUGGCUGAAUCGGCCGAUCUUAGCCCGAGACAAGAGAAUCCAACAACAUCAGAACAGGCUCGCUUCACCCAUCGCUACUAUUGUCUUUCCAUCAUAA